UGAUAAGUGAAGAGGGGGUCACAAAGAUGUGAGACCUGCCGAUAAUACGUACGAGGUGGAGAUCAACCGCGGGGGAAUAUCUUGUGGCCCCGGCAACCUCAAAUCGGGGUAGCUAUCGUGGAACGGUGAUGGCUGACUGUGUCGCCGUUCAUCAACGUGUCUGCCGCGCCAACUGUGACAACAGGAAACCACGAGGAUACGGUCAGGAAUCGAGGAAGAAGCAUUUUGCUUAAGUCGGCGACCCCAGGAUUUGUGCUGUCAUCUCCAGCGCCAGCUCUUGGCGUGGCGGUCCUUGUCGAUGCGUCCGAGCUUUGGCGUUUACAGGGGUUUCGGUCGCACAUCAGUUGUAUUGAAGCAAGACACCAAAGCCUCCCGUUUCAAGACCGAGCUGUACAUCUCAUGAGGGACCAGCGUGUCAGAAAUAUAUCUCACAAAUGAGAUCCGAGUAAGCAAUAUUCCAACAGCGAAUGCUCAGUCAGAGGCAUCAGAUCAGGUCGACCCACCAGGAGCUUGCCGUGUAAGUGCGCCAAGGCUCCAUCACCACCAAACAUGAAGAAUCUCCAUCAUCAUCUCAUGAAGCAGAUCCGGAGCAGCGGCAGUGGCGCGUGAGGUGCAUGAACCUUGAUAGCAGAUGCCAAUCUCAAAUUGCGAAUCAAAAGAAUAGGAUCUGCGAAACUGCCGUAACCUGGCGCAGCUUCUUGUCCUCUGGAAGCUGCAAUUGAGAGCCAAUGGCUUAUCAGACCCACAGAAGAACCCCUGGUCUGUCACUUCAGCCUCACAACACUCCCAGACGACUACAUAAGGGCGACAUUGUAUAGAUGUCUAACGUUAUGCUCGACGGAUACGGGUUGCCCUGAAAUAGAUGCCUUACCGAAUUGCCAGAAAGCUACCUAUCAAGAUGUCAAGCAGCCAAAAUACCCUGGGUGAGAGCAUGAGAGGGGUAUGGACGGCCCAGCACGACAUAUGACGCCUCAAUGAUAUACAAACUAACCGAUAGCUGACUGAGCAGCUAUCGAGAGAUGUUCCGAAUAACGCAAGACGACAAUCGUCAAGUCGACCUGGACAAUCGAGAUUCCUCAUAACUCGGGGCUGGAUGCUAGAGAAAGCAGUACGGAGCAGCCUCCUCCGAGGUCGAGUGGGAGAAUAGAAAUCUCGUCAGUUCCCCGCCACAGGCCGCUGCAGCACAAACCCAGAUAGUGACUCUUUACGCCUCUUGAAGCUGAAGACUGGUCAUGAUAAUGUCCAAUGCAGCCCCCAAGGCAAGCGAGUCACCCACUUGGCCGAGAUGAGCUUGGCAGGGGGCAGAAUGCAGUGUCACUUCAACUGCAGAUUCAACGGCGAUGGUAACCAAAGAUGAACAAUUAGCCUGCAUAUCGGCCUCGACCUCCCGUGUUCCCCGUCUUCACCUCUGGGCGGACCAUUACUUCCAUCAAUGGGGACCGGUUCACGGUGAGCCCACCGUGGGCUGCUCAAGUAUAAACAUGGGCCUUCUUCCCGGCUUUACUCACGCUCAGUUCUUCAAGCUCAGGUUGAUCGUUACCCGAGCUCACCCUCAGAAUGUUGUCCUUGUCAAAACUGGCCGUCCUGGGCCUGGGACUCAUCUCACAAGCUUCCGCCGUGAUCCUACAAAACGGCCAAGUCAGAGAGACCAACUUCCCCAACACCCGCCUGGACAGCUUUUCUCCCUCUUCCUACAGGACAUAUCCCGCAAACGCGAGUGAGAUCUCCUAUAAGGGACGCUGGGACUCCAAAUAUGUCUCCUGGUGGUCAGCCCCCGGCAUCAAAUUCGGCUACACCGGCCAGACCGUCGCCAUCACCUUCGGCAACUUGACCACCGACCGCGUCCUCGUCGGCUACCGAAUCGGCGGCCUCGACUGGAUCUUCACCAACAUCACCGCGGGCGCCACCCACCUCCUUGUCUCCCCAGAGACCCCCGGCUCCUCCCUCACCGGCCCCAUCAACCCCUGGACCUUUGAACUCCGAGUCUCCAACUGGGCGUACGGCAUCCAAAUCGACUCCGUCCACGUCGCCAAAGGAGAGAAACUGAUCAAAAUCCCCGACCAUGGCCGCCGCAUCGAAGUCAUCGGCGACAGCCUCUCCGCGGGCAUGUACACCACCUACGAGGGCCUCACCAGCUGGGCCUACGGUCUUGGGGCUGGUUUAGGAAACACCGAGUACUCCGUCACCGGGUACCCGGGCAUUUGCGCCGCAGAUCAAGACUGCUGGGGCAACCCCCGAGGGCAAGUCCAUCAGUGGUUUUACACCUCCGACACCAGCUGGAGAGCCUCCCAAAUCUGGGGAGACAACCCUGAGCCAUGGGACUUUUCCAAGCAACCCGCCGCUGACAUCGUCGUGAUAAACAUCGGCACCAACGACCACAACCAACACAACAACGUCUCUACCGAGGCGUACAUCGACGCGCUGGGUAAGAUCAUCCAGGGUGUCCACGGCAAGUGGCCCAAAGCACAAGUCAUCGUCAUGUCCCUUUGGCUAGGGUUCUACCAGCAGGGGAAUACCUACCUCCCCAACGCGCCGGAGGGCUGGGUGAAAGAAAUCCAGGACUUGGUGAAGUACUUCAACUCGGACAAGUACCUCAGCCAGCCGGUGAUCUAUGACGGGGUGACGAAGAAGAGCACCAAGUUGAGGGUGAAGAGGAAGGAGAGCCCGUUUGUGCACUGGUUCAAUACCAAGGGGAUCUUGCAGCAUAAUGAUAUUGGGCCGCAGUGGCAUCCGACUGAUGUGGGGGCUAUCAAGGUUGCUAGUCACUUGCAGCAGUUUAUCAGGAUCAAGUUUGGGUGGGAGUUGGAGGCUACGGGGCCGGAGGUGUGGCAUGAGACGCUUUAUUGGAAUGAUGAGAGUGGUUAUUAGGGGGGUAGAGGUGUUCUGUUCUGUGCAUAAGGUUAGGUAUGAGAUUGCGAGACUGGAAAUAUAUGAAAUAUAUGUUUGGGACAGCUCGCAAGAUUGAAAAGUGCCUGUAUCCUGCGUUGUGUGUGUUUAGAAGCUCCUACAAACAACACACGGCCGUUUGGAUACUGCUUCCUGGCUUGUUGUUGUUGUAUGAACAGUCUCCGUAGGUACCUCACGCAAAAAAAAAAAAAAAGCAAAAAAAAAAAUACCAUCUCAGCACAACCAAAGCACUUGUCAUUCUGAUGCGAAGACCAUAGGGGGCUUACAAGUUUUGGAAGACAAGAAAGUUCU